AUGAAAUCCAGAAACUCACCAGCAGAUAGUUUUGAAAUCGUAGAAGAAAGUAAUGCUACAAGUUCUACUGGCAAUAUAUCGAACCAAUCGAUGCUAGUUAAAGGAAAGGCACCUAUAAAAAAAAAGAUUAUAAAUAAAGGAGGUCGGCCAAGAUCAAUUGUUUGGGAACACUUUACCAAGGAUCUACCUGAUCGGUUUGGUUAUUACAGAGCCAUUUGCCAAUACUGUAACCAACAUUGGUCUAGAAGAAAACUGACUGUUAUGAAAAGUCAUCUCGCAUUACAUUGUAAAAAAGUGCCAGAUGAUAUCAACAAUUUAUUCUUACGGUUAAUUGCAGAAAAAGCUGAAAAGUUAGUGGAUGAAGAUAAUAUAGAUGAUAAUAUAGAUGAUAAUAUUCUCUUAACAAUCAACAAAAAGCAUAAAUAUAUUAGUAAACAAGCAACUCUUGAUAGCUCCUUCAAAUCUACAGAAUCUGUUAAUAAAGAUCAACAUGCAUUAGUAACAGUUAAAAUUACAAAAGCUCUUACAAAUCAACAAAACUUAACUCUGGCAUUGGAUGGCUGUUUAACAUCAACAAACAAUUCAUUAUACGAUUAUAUUAUAGCAACACCUGAACGAAAAGAAUAUCUGAUCACCAUUGAAGAUUACUCGACAAAUUCUCAAACUGGCAUUUAUAUGACAGACAAAAUAAGUACGAUUAUUGAAAAAAUUGGUUCAUCAAAAGUGACCGCUUUAGUUACAGACAAUGAUGAAAAUGUCCGAGUUGCACGACAAAUUAUACAUGAAACUUAUUCACAAAUUAUGAAUAUUCGUUGCAUUGCCCAUGCUCUAAACUUAAUUUUAACUGAUUUGGUUAAAUUAGAACUUAUCAAAAAAACAUUGACCAAUGCUAGUAUUAUAAUUAGCUUUUUUAAAACCUCUUAUACUGCUGGUCAUUUAUUAUGA